AUGCGUACGCAUACAACGGUCAAAGGUUUCUGCCUGUGCCACUUGCUGUGCGUGUGGCGUGUGACUGCCAGAUUGGGCAUCUAUCUGGGCUACUACAAUGUGGGCUAUGCACCGGAUGGCCAGUUCGUGUGGGACGAGCAGCUCUAUGUGCAGAUCAUGAGCGUGGCGAAUAUGAUUGCCUCAUUGGCGUAUCUAUGGCUCAGCCAGUGCUGGAUCUACGAUCAGCUGCUGUUCCUGCUCUUCGUGCCGCUCUACAUCUACUUUCAACGUCUGCGCCAGCAUCUGACCAAGCUGCUGAAUGCCUGCGCCCAAAUACAUGGCACACUGCAGCGCAUUCUGGGCGACAGGAUGUGUGUGCCCCUAUGGCGGGAGUGUGUGCUGACACUGCUGCUGCCCGUCGAGCUGCUUUUGCUAUUCGGCUGGCAGUGCCACAUGUACUACAGCUAUCAGUCGUGCUUCAUGGCCGGCGUCGCCUUCAUCUAUCACAUGCAGCUGCUCUUUUUGGGCAACUAUCUCAUCUGGCUGGCCAGCAUCUACCGGGCGCUGAACGUGUUUCUGCAGCACCACAUGAUCAGCUCCCGCGUGGGUAUUUUGCGCAACAUACUGCGGGAGCAGGUGAGCAUUUGGAGCGUGCAUUGGCACAUAAUACGCUACUUUGCCCUGCAUCUGCUCAGCUUUGUGGCAUUGAUUGCGUUGCGCUUCAGCCAACUGCUUCUGGACUGGCGACCCGCCAAUGUGCUUAACAUCGAUCGCCUGCGUCUGGUGCAUCUGUUGCUGCUGCUGAUACCAUUUAUAACGCUGCUGAUCAGCUCGUAUGAUCUGCAGAAGCAGCGUUGCCAAUUCUAUGGCAAUUAUCUGCAGCUGACGGAUCGCUUGGAGUACUUUAAAUUGAAGUCCUGGUGCCUGCUGCGUAACCAAACGCUGCCCAUGCCCUUCGGCCUGCCCAUACUGCAACCCUUCGCCAGGCCACAGCACAAACGGGAUGUCAUUAGCAUGUUGGUCAGUGUGACGAUGGUUCCUUGUCCAUGGCGUAAUCAAAUGUUUUUCACAGUUUUCCAGCAAUUUACCGGUCACACAUCUACGCCUAAAACCCCUGCCGUUGGCCAUCCUGGUUUCAUCAAAGUGGGCUGCCUGGUGUUGCUCUCCCUUUGGCUGUAUUUAUGGCAGCACACACACAUGCAAAUCAACUUCUACAACAGCUAUACGCAAGGUAAUUUCGAUAUUAAUGUGACGCAAACAAUUAGCCAGGUCUAUCGCUGGUACAUGUACGAUGAAUUAGAGUGA